UGGCAUGCCUGGCACAGACGUGAGGAAUCUGGUGGCUGGCUUCAGGGUCUGUAGAACCCUCUCUGUCCUGUGGUUCCCAAACAGAGCCUCAGCCCUUCCAAAAAUGGCCUGGAGACAGCUCUUUCUGGCCUCCUGUCUCUCAGCUGCUGUGCUCCUGACCAUGCUGCAGGAGGGGACUGGUGCAUCAGUAGUUACCUGGCAGAUGGCAAGACAAGAUGCCCAGGAAGAUGUGGAACAGAAGAUCUUCAUGCAGGAAUCAGAUGCCUCCAAUUUCCUCAAGAAGAGGGGCAAGCGGUCCCCCAAAUCCCGAGACGAGGCCAACGCAGAGAACAGGCAGAAGCUGUGGGCCGACGAGCUGCGGAGAGAAUAUUACGAGGAACGAAGGAACAAGUUUGAGAACUUCGUGGAGGAGCAAAAUGAUGAACAAGAAGAGAGAAGCCGGGAAGCUAUUGAGCAAUGGCGCCAGUGGCAUUAUGAUGGCUUGUACCCAUCAUAUCUCUAUAACCGCCACCACAUCUGACCUCAUCGUGACAGACCACGGUGGAGCCUGAAACUCACAUACCCACCCCAGGUGUUUGAACAACACUUCCAUGUGAACAGGCCCCUUCAAAGGGUCUCAACUUGGCGCCUGCUGUGGUAAACACACAUGCCUUUUGCUCUGAUGGAUUAAGAUACCCUCGCUUUUGCUUCUUUGCAGAUGAUUUUCAGAGGUGGGCUAACACCUGUGGGGCUUCCUAGCACCAAACCCACAGUGACUUCCCCUUACUUAGCCAUUGUUCCCACGGUAAGACUCCUGUCCUGUAGAACAAUGCAAAGGAUCGCAGUAAAGAGAAAAGAUGACGUUUGCUUACAGCUUAGAAAUAAAAGUGCUGAGUCGUCGCUGUGUAUCAUCUUGUGAAAUCUCAAACCGAGUCAUGCCAACUUGUCUCCCUGAGCCUGAAUGACCCAUUACUCUCACUGACUUAGGGAUUUGAAAGCCUGAACUCAAGGGAUAUUGCUCAUGAUUUUCUCAGCCUGUCUCAGCAAGUCACACAAGUGAAAGAGAAAUGUUAACACAAUUGUUUAGGUUAAGACCAUUCUCCAGGACUGUUACUGAGCCCAGAUGCUUCUUCACAUCUCUGAGGAGUCUCAGGGUUCAACUGUGGUUUCUUAACGACAUUGAAUCAAAAGGGAGGG